AAAGAAGAAAUGGAUAGGAAGAAUAAGAUCGGGACCAUUUUGAUGGGGAGGUACGAGAUCGGGAAGAUGCUCGGAAAAGGCACAUUCGCCAAGGUUUACCAUGGCCGGAACAUCAAGUCCGGCCAGAGCGUGGCGGUGAAGGUCAUCGACAAGGAGAAAGUUAUGAAGGUCGGCUUGAUCGAUCAGAUCAAGCGAGAAAUCUCCGUCAUGAAGCUGGUUCGCCACCCUAAUGUCGUCCAAUUGCACGAGGUUAUGGCGAGCAAGACCAAGAUCUAUUUCGCCAUCGAGUACGUGAGGGGCGGCGAGCUUUUCGACAAGGUGGCCAAGGGGCGGCUGAAGGAGGAGGCGGCCCGGAAGUACUUCCAGCAGCUGGUGGCGGCCGUGGACUUCUGCCACAGCCGGGGAGUCUACCAUCGCGACCUUAAGCCGGAGAAUCUCCUCCUCGACGAGAAUGGGAACCUGAAGGUAUCGGAUUUUGGAUUGAGUGCUUUGUUCGAGUCCAAGGGGCAAGACGGGCUUCUCCACACGAUGUGUGGAACGCCGGCCUACGUCGCGCCGGAAGUCAUCAGCAAGAGAGGCUACAAUGGCGAGAAGGCCGAUAUCUGGUCAUGUGGAGUCAUCCUCUUCGUUCUUCUGGCUGGUUAUCUUCCCUUCCACGACUCUAAUCUCAUGGAAAUGUAUAGGAAGAUCAGCAGAGGAGACUUCAAGUGUCCCCAAUGGUUUGCUCCCGAUGUCAAGAAGCUGCUUGGUCGGAUUCUCGAUCCAAAUCCAUGCACGAGAAUCACAGCUUCGAAGAUAAUGGAGAAUCCCUGGUUCAAGAAAGGGUUCAAGAAGAUCGAAGCCUACCCAGUUCCCCAUCCAGACGAUGUCAUCUCUCCCCGGUGCCUGCUCGAUUUCAACGCGUCAUUCGAGUCGGAUUCGGAGGGGAGUAGUAUCAACGUUAAUUCAACAGAAAACAAGGGAAAUAAUGUUGCAAACACAAGUAGUUCGAUGAAGCCCACCUCCAUGAACGCUUUCGACAUCAUCUCUCUCUCGGCUGGAUUCGAUCUGUCGGCGCUAUUCGAGAAGGAGAAGCCGGAGGCCAGGUUCACCACCACCAAGCCGGCGGCGACGAUAGUGUCGAAGCUGGAGGAGAUCGCGGAGGUGGAGAGCUUCAAGGUAAAGAAGCAAAACGGGACAGUGAAGCUGCAAGGGAGCAAAGAAGGGAGAAAAGGGCAUUUGGCCAUUAAAGCGGAGAUAUUCGAGGUGGCGCCGGCAUUACACAUGGUGGAGGUGAAGAAGGUGGCUGGAGACACGAUUGAGUACAGGGAAUUCUGCAACCAGGGAUUGAAGCCUUCUCUCAAGGAUAUAGUAUGGACUUGGGAUGGCUGCGACCCGCUGCAGCAGCAGCAAUCCAAGAACAAGGCCGCCACCACCAGCAAUCUUGCUAGGUCCUAG